AUGACUGAAGGCCUCCCAGACUACGUCCUUGAUCCCAAUGCCGUCCUCAAGGACACCGAUGCCGCUUGGCGCUAUGGCAGGGUUCCUGACUAUUCCAAGACGCGCGCAUUCUAUGAACAGACACGAACAAUGUUCCAUGAAUCUGGCAGCCUCCCCUUCCUCGUCGAGAACCUGGUCAAGAACUGGGAAAUCGAAGCCUCCUUCAAGACCUCCCUGUCCGACUGGCGCACAAUCGACAACACCAAAUACAAAUUCUCGCUGAAUGGCGGCCCUCCCCAGUCUGGUGAGCACAUGCUCAAGGUCGGCACGUACAACGCCCUCCUCACGCCGAGCAAGUACUACGACCCCGAACACAAUGAUUUUGAGAAGAGCCACAAGUCGUUCAAGCGCAUGAUGCCAACCUUUGCCUGGGAGGUCACUGAGGUGUAUAGCGGUCCUCCUGUGGUUGUCUUCAAGUGGAGACAUUGGGGUGUUAUGGCGAACGACUACGUUGGGUUCAAUGAUUCCGCCGAGAAGGUAAAAAUCAAGGCUCAUGGUGAAACUCUCGACAUCCAGGGCAUUGUGAUCGCGAAGGUGAAUGAUAAACUGCAGCUGGAGAGCAUCGAUGUCUGGUUUGACCCAUUGGAGAUGUUCCGCCAGAUUGACCAGAAGAAAGAGGAGGGCGCCGAUUCUGCUGCCGGGGGAUGUCCGUUUGCCGGGGCUGCUAGCAGCCAAUAA